AUGUUGCCAAAUCUGAGUUUGAAGCUCAUCAUCGACAAGAAGGUCCAUAAAGUCCUUUACGCCGAAGCCGACAAAGAAUUCGUCGACUUCUUGUUCUGCCUCAUGUCUUUCCCUAUUGUGACGGUUGUCAGAAAUGGAUGCAGGGAUUCCAUGGUCGGAUCCCUCGGAAAAUUGUACAACAGCAUUACCAACUUACCCUUCGCUAACCUCCAACAAAUGCUAAACAAACGCACUAUUUUAAACCCGAAAUUAUCAAUUCCCCCUAUCGAAAAAGCGCCCCAGCUUUUCCCCAGACAGAUGUUCGCGACAACCAACGACAAGUUUUACACUUGUUCUAAAUCCAAAUCAUCCGACCACCAGACUAUUUACGUUAGCGACCGAUCGUCAAGUGUUUGUCCCGAGUGUUCGUGCUUCAUGUCCACUGAGUUGACUUAUGUAUUUGGUCGGGAAAAUGCGUUGACUUCAUCAGAGAGUGAAGUUGAUGGGUUUGUGGAUGGGGGCGUGAAGUAUAUGGUGAUGGAUGACUUAGAGGUGAAGCGGCUGCCCUCCGCUUCUAGAAGUAGAGUACUGGAAAAGUUGAAUGUUAAGGAUGUUGGAUCCAUCAAGGAGAAGGAUAUUACGUUGGGGUAUUAUACGGAACAUGUUGAUCUCCUUUCUCAUAUUCAUCAUGGUCAUUAUGAACCGCCCAGAGGGAUGAGGGAUGACCGCGAGAACUACUAA